AUGAAAGUGAAAUAAAAAAAAUAAGUUCAAUUUGCAAAAGGAACUAUGAAUUCUUAAGAGAAGGCAUAAUCCAUUGAAUAGAAUAAUGUUGAUUACAAUUUAAUAAAUGAGAAUGAAUUUGAAAAGAAUUCAAAUUUUUCAGAUUAUGAAUUCUUAUCUGCUUGUAGAGAGAUAUUAAUUUGUUAAAAUUGUGCCAACGAUCUAAUAACUUAAUAUAAAGAGUUAUAUAAAUCUUUUUUGAGUAGAUAAGAAAAAUUCCUAUUUUUAUAAAGUGAUUUAAAGUAAUAUAGAAUCUAAUGUGAGAUUCAUACUUCAAAUUUAUUUGGAUAAAAAAGAAAUGAUAUAUUGAAUAAUAAUAAAUAGAAAUAUUCACUUAAUCUAUUUGGACAAAAUAGAUUGAGUUUUAUGGAUUUCCCAAAAUUUUUAUUCAAAACAGGUGAAUUCCAAAUAAUAAUACGUGCUGAUGUUUUUAAGGCUUAAGUAAAUUACUUUCUUAAAUAAAUGCAAGUAAAUGAGACAAUUAAUAAUGAAAAAGAUAUUAUUAUGCACAUUAAUGAUAUAGUAGAUCCUGAGGACAAUAUAAAUUUCAAUGAAUUUAUUCGAUAAAGAGAUAAUUAAAUAAUAAUUAAUUAUGAUGUAUUUUCUUAUUUCAGUAUGCAUAGUAUAUUCUUUUCGAUAAAAUUUUAAAAUUUGGUACAACAGUUUUAGAUAUUUAAAUUUAAGAUAAUAUUAGAUUGAAAAUAUUAAGAGCUAUUAGUUCUUUGAUUUUAGAAUAAGUUUUAAAUGGUAGGGAUCAAUUUAUUUAGAAAUAUCAUUUAAAAAUAAAUUUCAUAAGAAUUGUAAAAUUAAUCCAAAAUAUUAUAGCUAAAAUAAUUAAUUAUAUAAAAGAUUGAAAAUAGAAUUCAAUCAAUAGAAUAUGAAAAAUAAUAAUAAAUAUUUAUUGCAUAUAUUGAAUAAGAAGAAAAAUAAAUUGAAGCUAAAAAGGAAAAAUAAAGAAAAAAAAGAUAAUAACGAAAAUUAAAAAAGAAAGUUAAUUAAUAAUUGGAAUAGUUGGAAGAAGAUGAUAUAGAUGAUGAAGAAACUAAAACAUUUGGUUCUGAAUUAAAUGUCAAAACUUAAAAAGAUGAAUCUUAACAUUCUGAUAAAGAAAUAUUGACAGAAUUGCUUAUUCUUAAAAGAAAUAUUAAUGAAAUCAAUCAAAAAAGAAAAUAAUUAAGAGAAACAAUUAGAAAAGAGUGGGAAAACUACUAUAAAUAGUUUAAAUCAUUAAAACAAUGA